GCGCUCAAUCUGUUCUCAAUCGCGUCAUUUCUACAGUGGUCGAUAAUACGCGCAUCGCUGUACCUUGACUGAGGACUGUCAAUGCCGACAGCCACUCAGAUUUUGUGAAAUAGCAUAUAUGUUGAAAAAUUUGAAUGCCAAAAAUGAAAACUUUUUCCUUCAAGAUGCACUUUCUCGUCGGGGUCUCGCAGAUUUUGGCCACUCUUAUGUUCCACUUGCCACCUGCUCAGACUUCUCACUCCCCAGUGGAAAUGCACUCUAGAGUGAUACUGUUCCGGGAGGUUUUGGGGCGGAGUUUGUGUCGUUCGAUGGAGCGAUUGGUGGAGGUGGAGCAGGAGUAUCCUGGAGAGGUGGAAUAUAUUUUUAGCCCUGCCUGCGUGCCCCUGUGGCGAUGCGCUGGUUGCUGUGGAGACGAGAACCUGGAGUGCCACCCCACCCUCUCACGUAACGUCACCAUGCAGUUGAUGAGGAUAACUCCGACUGAGAGGACAGGGCAGUAUGUGGAGCUGACGUUUGUGGAGCAUCAGACCUGUGAGUGCAGACUCCGGAAGAUGCAUUUGAAUGAGAGCAGACCCAGAGUCAGGAUCCAUCCCAGGAGGAGGAAGCACAAGAAGAGAUCCAAAGACUGUGGCAAGUGUCAGCACCCACACAGCUAGUUGGAUACUUGGAUCCCCUUCUUUCCAGUCCUGUCCAAUCACCAUUCAGCUAUGGAAUGAAGAAUGCAUAGGGGAAACCAGACACCUACUUAUUUACCCCCCAGAUACAUAAAUGCCUCAACUCGUUGUCCAUGAAAAUACACUAACCCCAAACUGCAAUUUAUACCAGAGUAAUAACAACGUUAGUUUUCUGAUACUGGAUACCCAAAUCAGCCUUGCGAGUACUUUGACGUGGAUGAUAUUCCACUGUAAUAGCAGAUACAGUAGCGCCACCUCAUGGACACAGAGGAGAUGGCCAGAGGGAUGGCAGGACAGGAGAUAAGCAGUUGCCAAGGGAUUAAGCCACACCUUACCUGCAGUGUUCUUGAAAAGCAGUGGGCCAAUAAAUGGAUUUAGCUUCAAUCUGGUAUGUUACAACAAAGAAGAAGACUGAAACAGAUGCAGAAUGGGUGUGGACUGAACAAAGGAGAGAACAGACACCUUCACAGUACACCUCUCCCUAUGAUUAUCAUAUUAUGGUCAGAACUUUGUUUUUUUCUGAACUGAAGAGUGCAUGAUCAAAGGGAGGGAUGGACCUAUGGGAGGUUAUAUAAAGACCUAUGUUUAUAUCUGUGAUAACAACAGGACCGGAGAGUCCCUAAAAGAGGAUAUCAUCUGCUGUACACACAUUUACAUUCUUCAAGCGUGUUAAUAUGUAGGCUUAUGCUCUAGGCUGGUUACAGUGACAGUGUUGUAUUUGGAAAUAUGAAAGAACUGCUUAGGGCUCUAACUUUCAUCAGACAGAAAAGAAUAACAAAUCCAUAUGGAUUCCACUGUAUAAUAUAUGAAAAUGAA